UAUAAAAUCUCCGCGCUGCGCUUCCCCACGAAUGCACCGACUCCUGAGGAACUUUUACCACGAAUUUAACUCCACACACAGAUUUUUCACCAUGAAGCGCGCGGUGUUCCAGCUCGGUCGGUCUCUUCCUCGGUUCCUUCACUCCGGCUCCAAACUCACGUCGUCCACUGCCGCCUCCAAACUGCAGGGCGGCGCUCUCACCUCAGAGGACAUCUUCGCCCGAGAGGACAAGUACGGAGCCCACAACUACCACCCGCUCCCCGUGGCUCUGGAGCGAGGACAGGGUAUCCAUGUGUGGGACGUGGAGGGGAACCGUUACUACGACUUCCUGAGCGCGUACAGUGCGGUGAACCAGGGCCACUGUCACCCCAAGAUCGUGUCGGCGCUGACGGCUCAGGCCUCCAGACUCACGCUCACCUCCAGAGCCUUUUACAACGACGUCCUGGGAGCCUACGAGGAGUUCAUCACCACGCUGUUCGGAUACGACAAAGUACUGCCCAUGAACACAGGGGUGGAAGCCGGAGAAACAGCCUGUAAACUGGCUCGUAAAUGGGCCUACACCGUGAAGGGCGUCCCCAAGAACCAGGCCAAGAUCAUAUUUGCAAAUGGAAACUUCUGGGGCAGAACGUUGGCGGCGAUCUCCAGCUCCACCGACCCGAGCAGCUACGAGGGCUUCGGUCCGUACAUGCCCGGGUUUGAGCUCAUCCCGUACAACGACAUCCCUGCUCUGGAGAAAGCGCUCCAGGACCCAAACGUGGCGGCGUUUAUGGUGGAGCCGAUCCAGGGAGAGGCCGGAGUUGUGGUGCCAGACCCGGGAUACCUCACCAAAGUCCGAGAGCUCUGCACCAAGCACAACGUUUUGUGGAUCGCAGACGAGGUGCAGACCGGUUUGGCGCGAACCGGACGGCGUUUGGCGGUGGACCACGAGAACGUUCGCCCGGACAUCAUCACUCUGGGGAAGGCCCUGUCCGGAGGAGUCUACCCUGUGUCUGCGGUGCUGUGCGAUGACGAGAUCAUGUUGACCAUUAAACCCGGAGAACACGGCUCCACGUUCGGAGGAAACCCCGUGGCCUGUCGGGUCGCCAUCGCCGCCCUGGAGGUUCUGGAGGAGGAGCGUCUGGCGGAGAACGCGGAGAGGAUGGGUCAGCUCCUGAGGUCGGAGCUCACCAAACUGCCCAAGGACAUCGUGACGGCGGUGAGAGGGAAAGGUCUGCUCAACGCCAUCGUCAUCAAGGAGACCAAAGAUUACGACGCGUGGAAGGUGUGUCUCCGUCUCCGCGACAACGGGCUCCUGGCCAAACCCACCCACGGCGACAUCAUCCGCUUCGCCCCGCCCCUCACCAUCUCCGAGUCCGAGAUGCGGAACUGCCUCGACAUCAUCACCCGGACAGUCAUGUCGUUUUAGCUCCGCGGCCGCGUUUCGCCGCUUCACCGCGUUCACGUACACACGCGGCGCCGGGGGGUUUGAUUUACGACGUCUGCGUUUGAGAGAAAGUUAUUUUUGUACAGAUGAAAAUGUUGUAGCAAAGACAGUUUCUGCACGUUUUGUAUUUGUAUAGAAAAACACACAUAUUUAAUUUGAAUGAAUCAUUUUACCGAUUUUCAGUAUUUAAGGUUUUAGUUUACUGUUUUAUAGGGAUGGGACGAGACAAAAUGUACUUAUUUUCCAGUCCUGGUCUAGUCCUUGGUCCAGUUCUGGUUUAAUCGUGGUUCAGACUUGGUCCAGUUCUUGUUCGACUUCUGGUUGAGUCCUUGGUCGAUUCUUUGGUCCCAGUUUAGUCCCAAAUUUGAGCGAGAGACUAGACAAGGUUUUAAUAUAAUUCCUAACGAGACACAAUUUCCUCAAGAUCAGAUGAGAUACUUGGUCUAGUCUUGGUCUAGUUCUGGUCUAGUACUGGUCUACUUCUUCUCCAGUCCUGGUUGAGUCCUUGGUCGAGUCCUUGGUCGAGUUCUGGUCUAAUCGUGGUUCAGACUUAGUCCAGUUCUUGUUCGAUUACUGGUUGAGUCCUUGGUCACGUCCUUGGUCGAAUCCUUGGUUGAGUCCUGGUUUAGUGCUGGUCUAGUCCUGGUCCAGUUCUGGUCGAGUCCUUGUUUGACUCCUGACCUAGUCCUGGUCGAGUCCUUGGUCGUGUCCUGCUCUAAUCAUGGUCCAGUCUUGGUCCAGUCCUGAUCCAGUUCUUGGUCCAGUCCUGAUCCAGUUCUUGGUCCAGUCCUGGUCCUGGUCCAGUCCUGGUCACCUUCUGGUCCAGUUCUUAGUCUAGUCCUGGACGAGUCCUUGACCCAUUUUGGGUUUAAUUGUGGUCCCGUCCUGGCCUAGUUCUGGCCUAGUCCUGGUCGAGUCCUGGUUCAGUCCUGGUCUAAUCGUGGUCUAAUCGUUGUCCAGGCUUGGUCCAGUCCUUGGUCCAGCCCUGGUCUAGUCCCAGUCUACUUCUGGUCGAGUCCUGGUCAGGUCCUUGGUCCAUUUUGGGUCUAAUCGUGGUCUAGUCUUGGUUCAAUCCUGGUCCAGUCCUUGGUGUAGUCUUGGUCUAGUCCUGGUUUAGUCCCAGUUUCGUCCCAAAUUUGAGAGAUUGUGUCCAUGAGAAGGAGACCAGAGUUUAAUAUAAUUCCUAAUUUAUAAGUUUUUUUUCAGUUUCCGGUUUUGGACUCAACAUUUUUUAUGAUUUCACAGUUUUGUUUCCGCUCUGGUUCUGUUUUUUGGAACCGUUAAAGAGACGUAAAUGUAAACAACAACAAAAAUCACACAAGAUCUCGUCCCAUCCCUACAGUUUUAUCAAUAUUUACAAAUGUUCAGUAGCAAAAACAGGUCAGAAUUAUGUUUAAUUUCUCUCAUAUUUGUUUUAUGUUACACUUUACUGUUGUAGAACGCGUGGACCAUCGCAAAUGUAUCGAAUCACAAGUCUCUUUGCUUAAUUUAAUAGUUAAAACAGAGGGAACUACAUAGACCAUGAUCCUUUGCUUCGUUUCUGCGCAGACUACAUGAAGAAAUAACAGUUCUAAGCACUUUUAAACCUUAGUUUUUAGUUCAAAAAUCAUACCGUGAGAUGCAUAUCGUGAUUUGGAUAUCGUUACAUCCCUAGUUAUUAAAGAAGUAAAAGUACUGUACACAAAAAAAGCUCUUAAAAAACAUUUAUUUAAAAAUUAUUGGUAUGAACCUCGGACUAGUUCAUAGACCGAAACUAGAAAACUUGAAAACUAAUUUUAACUGCUUUAUAAACUUGAAUUCAACCAAAGUAAAAACACUGAAGAAAUGUAAAAAAUACACACAUUUACACUCAAUUUCGCUUUCAAUUUUAUUUUUGUCAGAAAUUAUCACAAAAAAUCAAAAAGGAGAUAAUUUUCAUAGGUGAUUUGACACUGGGCAGUGUGAGCGAAGUGAAGCGUCUUGCUCAAGGAGACAACUUAACUGUGGCUGUUCGGGGUUUGAACCGCAGACCCUCACGUUGAUGGGUGCAUCAUUUGUCCAACUUUUUGAACAUUUUUUGAAAAUCUGUCUGCACCUACAAUACAUUUUUUACACUUGCCAAAGUAAAGUUCCACAAGAAAUUUCAUGAAAUUCUCUUGAUGUUUACAGCGUCCACCGAGACUCUGAAGUUUAGUGUCUGUGGGAGCCUUAAAUCUGAUUUUUUUAUAACAUCAAAAAUGAUUAAUUUAGCCCUAAAGUAUCAGUAGAAGUUGAAUAUAAAUAUGGACUUUCCGUAUCAUUUGGUUCCAGUUUUAUCAGCACUUCAAGGACCUUGAAUAAACAACAGGUCCUGAAUUGUAACAAUUGUUCGGCCGACAACACGAUAUGCAACUUGAAAUCAACAAAUUUAAAACUCAAAGACUUGAAACUGUGAAAAGUAAAAUCUUGAAUACAGGUUCCAUAAAUUCCGGACGAUAAGCCGCUACUUUGAAUCCUGCGGCAAAUAAAACGAAGCAGCGAAUAUGAAUUUAUAUGAAAAACGGGAAAAGACAGAAAAACAACCGUUUCUCGUUUUCAUGACUAAAACUGCGAUGCCGGACUGAACCAGGACUGAACCAGGACUGAACCAGGACUGAACCAGGUCCGGGACCAGGACCGAGACUGAGACCAGGAUUGAGACUGGGACCAGACUGGCACUAGACCGGGACUAAAACAGGACCAGGACUGAGACCAGGAUUGAGACUGGGACCAGACCAGGACUGAGGUCGGGACCAGACCGGGACUAAAUCAGAUGCAGGACCGGGACUGAGACCAUGACUGAGACUAGGACUAAACCAGGACUGAAAACAGUUUAGUCCUGAUUUAAUCCUGUUUUAGGUCUGAUUCAAUCCUGGUUCAGUCCAUAUGCGGCGCAAAAGUCCAGCAUCACAGUCACGAAGUCAUUAUCCUUUUUAUUCCAUUUUUCAUUUAAACACAAAAUCAAAAACUGAAAAAACAAAUCAUUAUCUGUUUUUUCAUUUUGGUUUUGGAGACAAAUAAUGAAGAAAAUAGUUAUUAUAGUUACAGUCCUGUUAAAUCCUGUUUUAGUCCUGGUUUAGACCUAGUUUAGACCUGGUUUUAGACCUAGUUUAGACCUGGUUUAGUGUCCGGCAAUAAGUGGAAUUACCGAGGAAAAAAACAAAAAACAAAAGGUCUGUUACUCCCCAACCCUGAUGGAACUUAAGAGUCUCGGUGGACCCAGUGGAUUUUAUUCAAUUGAACAAAUAUUCCACAGAUUUUAUUUUAACUGGUUUUGUCACAUUUUAAAAUAUGAUCCAAGUUGAAUUUCUGACACUGGGGCAAAUGAUUCACUCUUGGGCACACGCUUAACUCACUGCGCCACCGUCGCCCCGCUCCACUUCUUUACAGAAAAAAAACAAUUAAAAAGACGAAAAACUACUACGAUUUAAAGGUAAAAUCUAAUUAAAAAUUACUCUUGUGCCUUAAAUUUUCACUAAAAAUCUGAAUGUUUCACUCUGUUACAGCCCAAAACGCAGCCGGUUCAUGUCAUUUAUAUUUCAAAACGGGAAGUGGUUCAGAAGGAGCGUAAAUAAAUCGUUGUUUUUUAGUUUUGUUGAGGACCUGCUGACGUUCUGUUACCUGUGACGUGUAGUUUGAAGAGUUUAAAGUCGUUGUACAGUGUUUUGUUUCUCUGUUAAAAUGUAAACUUGAAUGUCUUUACAAAGGCACCUGUUCAAAUAAACGACUGGAGAAGGAAAA